AUGCCAAAGGGUGGUGCCAGAAGGGAGAAAGUCCCAGAGGUGGACCUGAACCACUUAGCUGACAGUUUGGUUUGCCAUGUGAAGGCUGUUGGCCUGCAAGGUGCUUUCGCUUUGGGCAAAUACCUCAACCUGGAAAGGCAACAGGCUGUCGUGGGCCAGGAUUUGGUGGACCUGCUGCCUUUGAUAAAGAGCCUGUACAAGGUUGAGCCCUCCCUCCAGUUCAAGUACAGUGACUUGUCAGAGGCGCUCAAGCAGAUCCUGAAGGAUUUUCCAGGCAUCAAGGACUCUUUCCCACUGUCAAUGCAGGGAACACUAUGGAAGACACUUGCUGAUGCUUUGCUGGUGGUGUGCAACCAUUGCAGGAGAAUUGGCAGGGAUAAAGCCAAAUACCUGGAGGCUGGGAAGAAGCUCAGCCAUUUCCAGCUGGAAAAGCUGGAAGAGAUUUGGGCCUUCUUCAAUGAACCUGCAGGGGAAGGUUCCUCUCCCAGGAAGGUUGGCAAGAAGGUGGUGUCUCCUGCCAAGAGCAUUGCGACAGAUGAUUUCUUGAAGGAGUUUGAAGUCCCUGCAACCCAAGAUUCUUUGCUGGAGGAAGCAGAGAAUGUGAUGCCUGUGCCUACCAGGAAGAGGGCCCUCAGGCAGACUAUGGCCAGACCUGCUGCUUCUGAAAAGAAGUUGGGUAAGAAGCCUGAGGCCAGACCUGCUGCUUCAAAGAAGUUGGGUAAGAAGCCUGCCUGUCAAGAGGAAAGGUUGCCAGAUGACUGGGUGAUGGGAGACCAGGCCUUGAAUUUCAUGACCUACAAGACUGGUGCUGUGGCCUUGAGGGUGCCAGGGGGGAGGCAGGUUAUGCAGCUUCUUUCCCACAAAGGCAAGGAGCACAACAACAAGUUGGCCAAGGAAGCUCUGAAGAUGUUUAAAGCAGGGAAAACCCUAGGUGAGUUCCUCAACUUGGUGGAGUGGCUGGUUGAAAAGAUGGAUGAGUCGCUUCGGUCUGGCACUGCCACAGAAGCAGGAGUUGCAAAGGGAAAAGGACAAGGAAAGGGCAGCAAGGGAGCAGAAGAAGAAGGCAAGGGUGGCAAGGGAAAAGCCCUGGGAAAAGAAGGCAAGGGAGGAGGCAAAGAAGAAGGAAAAGGCCAAGGUGGCAAGGGAGAGGGUGGCAAGGGAGGAGGCAAAGAAGAAGAAGGCCAGGGUGGCAAGGGAGGAGGCAAAGAAGAAGAAGGCCAGGGUGGCAAGGGAGCAGGCAAAGAAGAUGAAGAGGAGGGUGGCAAGGGAGAAGGUGGCAGGGGAGGAGGUGGGAAGGAAAGUGGCAAGGGAGAAGGGAAGGAGGCUGGCAAGGGAGAACUGGAGGGGCAGCCUGGCUUGAUGUCGUUGGCUGAGGAAUGGAGGAGAAGGAAUGAAGGUACUGUGUCCUUGACAGCUGAAGCUGUCAAGGACCACAACAAGUUUUGCGAGGAAGCUCAGAGCAUGACUGUGGAACAGUUUGAGCUCGCACUCAACAAGCUGGACAGCAAGGCUUCAAUGAGGCUGUGGAAAGCCUUUGAAACCAGCAGGAAGAUGUCAGGAGAGGAGGAAAAGUACAAAGAAGCAACCAAAGAAGGUGUGGGUGCUCUGAGGAAGAAAAGAAAGCUGCUCUUUGGCUGGGUGGUGGAUGGAAAAAAGACAGGAGACAGCUUCAAGGAAUGCUUGGAGCAAGUGAGCCUUGUCAAGGCACAGACUGACUGGGGUGAAGAAGAGUUGAGGGAGAGAGUGAAAGGAGGCACUGUCAUUGCCAAGAGGGACCCUGCUGAUCGCAGGUAUUGGCUGUUCAAAGCCAACACCCAAAUGGAGAAGACUGAGGUUGCAAGGCACAAGAUGAGUGGGGCCACCUACAAGGCGAAAGCUGACAAGCAAAGUGUGAUGGACAUGAUGUCAGCUGAAAAGCUGGAGCUGCUGGGUGAAGAGGACUUCCUCAUGGGCGCAAUGUCAGAGGAGGAAGGCUCUCAGAAUGGGGAUGGAAACUUGCCAGCAGACUUGGCUAAGGCCCUUGGUGAGAAGAUUCCAAAGGACAAGCCCAGAGACAAGGUGCCAAAAGAAGACAAAUGGGAGUGCAUGAGCCAAGUGCCACAUGGAGAAAGCAACCAAAAGGUUGCAAACAGACUGAUGGCCUUUAAGACAGAGCUGACCAAGGACCUUGCCAGCUUGGAGGCUUUGUUGCACAGUGGCAAGGGCACACUGCCAAAGCCUUUGGUCAAGGAUGCUGAGAAGGCUGUCCAAGCAGGGCAUGAUAACCUGGGCAAGGUGGCCAAGGCUCUGAAGGGGCCAGGAAAGAAGGGUGCAGUGGCAGCUGUCUUGCAGGAUGCUUUGGCUGCUUUGAAGGGCUGUAAGUCCAAGAAGCUCCAGCUGGCUAAGGCACUGAAAGCUGACUAG